AUGGUCUCCCGCUACACUUCCGGGGCAAGGCAAUUCAACGCCUACAACUUCCUCAUCAUCCUUUCCGUCUCUUUCGGCAGCAUGUCCUAUGGAUACGCUUCCAGCGCCAUAGCACCCGUCCUCGCCCUCCCCGAAUUCCUCUCCUAUUUCUCCCUCACCACGCGCGCAGACGGAACAGCUCUCCAAGCGACUUUCAACGGUCUCUUCCAGGCGGGAGGCUUCCUCGGUGUCUUCCUGGUUUCCUACUUCGCAGAUAAAUACGGACGACGCGUAGCAAUCGCAGUUCCUGCUGUGAUCCUUGUGAUAACGGCAGCUUUACUGGCCGGAACGACGAAUGUUGGAGAGUUGAUCGUUUGGAGAUUUUUUGCGGGUGCGGGUACUUUUAUGAUCUUGUCUGCCGUGCCCAUCUACAUGACCGAGACCGUGCCUCCGCUCAACCGCGGAAUGCUAGUGGCCAUCCACGGAGCCGCGCUCUUACUCGGAUACAUGGUUGUGAUCUGGACGGGAUACGGGCUGUUCUUUUGCAAGAACCCGACCAACUGGAGGAUCAUAUUCGCAUUGCAAGCCACUUUCCCGCUAGCGGUGCUCGGCAUGCUGCCGUUCUUGCCAGAGUCUCCAAGAUGGCUGAUCUUGAAAGGGAGAGGAGAAGAAGCAAAGCGGAUUCUGGAGAGGCUGCAUACAGCGGAGGAGGCGCAGAUAGAAUUGGAGCAGAUAUCGAACCAGCUGGAGAUCGAUAAGGGAUUGCCGAGUGACUAUGUGUCGAUGUUCAGAAAGAAGUCGUAUCGGAAGAGGAGCCUGUUGGCCUUGGGGACGACAAUGGGGAUUCAGUUCUCCGGUGAGACGUACAAGACCACGAAUCUUGGUCGCAUAAUGCUAAGAGUACUUAGGCAUUCUCGUGAUCAAUAACUACCAACCCACACUGUACGCCACGCUCGGAUACCCGACUGAGCGUCAACUACUGCUGGAAGGCGGCUGGAUAACAUUAGCGUGGGGUGUUGGAGUGCUAGGCUGCUUUAUCGUCGAUCGGAUGCCCCGUCCAAAGCUCAUCGCCGGCGCUCUCGGUGGAUGCAUGGUGUGCCUGAUCAUCGUAGCAGCUCUGAUUGCCAACUUCGUACCCAGCGACAACCAGACCGCAUUGCAGGCGAUCAUCGCGUUCUUGUACAUAUACGUUGUGUUCUACGAGGGAGGACUGGACGGCGUACAGUUUGCUUACCUUGGCGAGCUGUUCCCAACACACUUGCGGGCGAAGGGAAUGAAUCUUGGAGUGGCUGGAAUCUGCUUGAUGAACAUUAUCUGGCUACAGUCUGCGCCGACAGGAAUCGCAAACGCUAGCUGGAAAGUGAGUAUGGCCUUCUUCCUGCGGUGCGCUUGUGUCUGGUAGCUGAUGGGACGCGCAGUACUUUCUGGCAUACGUUAUUCCUGGAUGUUUGAUAUGUAUCGGCAUUUGGGUUUGGUAAGUCGCUUCCUCCUUCUCAGGAGUCGUCGAUGUACUGACUCUGCGAGCUUCCCGGACACACGGGGCGUGCCGCUGGAAGAAGUUGCUGCAAUGUUCGGCGUAAGUAUUUCAUUGGCGGUGUAAAAGCGGCCAGUACAGCUCGCUGACGUGUUCAGGAUGCCGAGGAGCUCAAGUCCGGAUCCGCCGCCGGCACUGCUGCAGCCAAAGACGUCGGAACAGAAGCGGUCGAGGAUAUCGAUGUCCGAUCGAAGAUCAAAGGGGAAGUGUAG